AUGCUUUCAACUGUGACUUCCCUCCAUCUUCCUCCUCUGAACCACACAGACUCUCAUGCUCACAGACCCAAUUCACAAAACCUCACAACCCAUCUUCUCCACAACUUCAGCUCCCCAUUAGAGCUCAAACAACUCCAUGCCCACCUCAUCAAAACCAACACUCCUCUCACUUCCCUCCCUCUCACUCGAAUCGCCUUCGUCUGCUCUCUCAAUCCCAGUUUCUCUUACGCUCAGAAAAUCUUCAAACACCUCGAAAACCCUGAGAUUUUGGCGUGGAAUUCGUGCUUGAAAGCCUUCGCCGAAGGCAAAGAUCCCAUUGAUGCAGUUAUGCUUUUUUAUCAGUUGCAGAGUUUUCAUGUUUUGCCUGAUAGUUUCACUCUGUCUUUUGUUCUAAAGGCGUGUACGCGUUUGUUGGAUGUUUCCAAUGGUAGAGUUUUGCAUGGUUAUGUGGAGAAACUUGGGUUUCAGUCAAAUUUGUUUUUGAUGAAUAUGAUCUUGAAUUUGUAUGCUUUGUGUGGUGAAGUGCGGGACGCUCGGUUGUUGUUUGAUAAAAUGUCGCAACGAGAUGUCGUGACAUGGAAUAUAAUGAUGACCCAGUUGGUAAAGAGGGGUGAUAUUAAGGACGCCUAUGAUUUGUUUUCACGGAUGCCCGAAAGAAGUGUGAGGUCAUGGACUUUGAUGAUUUCAGGGUUUGUCCAAUGCGGGAAGCCUAAGGAGGCUAUUAGUCUAUUUUUGGAGAUGGAAGAGGCUGGGGUGAGGCCAAAUGAGGUGACUGUAGUGGCUGUUCUUGCGGCUUGUGCUGAUUUGGGUGACUUGGGUUUGGGUAGGAGAAUUCAUGAGUACUCAAACCAAAGUGGGUUUAGCAGAAAUGCUCGUAUUUCCAACACUUUGAUUGAGAUGUAUGUCAAAUGUGGAUGCUUGGAGGAUGCCUGUACAGUUUUCGAUGGGAUGAAAGAACGAACGGUUGUGUCAUGGUCAGCUAUGAUUGCAGGGCUUGCCAUGCAUGGACAGGCUGAGGAAGCUUUGAGACUUUUCUCUAGAAUGAUUCAGAUAGGCAUGGAUCCGAAUGAUGUAACCUUUGUUGGACUCUUGCAUGCUUGUAGCCACAUUGGGUUUGUGGAUCAAGGUCGUGAAUUCUUCACCAGCAUGACUAAUGAUUAUGGUAUAGUUCCUCGAAUUGAGCAUUAUGGUUGUAUGGUUGAUCUUUUGAGUAGGGCAGGGCUCCUUCAAGAGGCUUAUGAGUUUAUUACUAACAUGCCUAUCAAGCCGAAUAGCAUUGUAUGGGGAGCUCUGCUUGGUGGAUGCAAAGUUCACAGAAACAUUGAACUGGCUGAAGAAGCAACAAAGCACCUUUCUGAAUUAGAUCCACUUAAUGAUGGAUACUAUGUGGUUUUGUCAAACAUUUAUGCAGAAGCACAAAGGUGGGAAGACACAGCGCGAGUGAGAAAGCUAAUGAGGGAUCGAGGGGUGAAGAAGACACCUGGGUGGAGUUCAAUCACAGUAGAUGGGGUGAUUCAUGAGUUUGUUGCUGGGGAUGAAGCCCAUCCUCAAGCUCAGGAGAUCUUCCAAAUGUGGGAGAAACUAGUUGAAAAAAUGAAGCUGAAGGGUUAUGUGCCUAACACCUCAGUUGUUCUGCUAGACAUGGAAGAGGAUCAGAAGGAAAAAUUUCUCUAUCGCCAUAGCGAGAAAUUAGCGCUGGUUUUUGGGUUGAUGAACACGGGACCUGGAACACCAAUUCGCAUUUUGAAGAAUCUUCGUGUUUGUGAGGACUGCCAUGCUGCUUUCAAACUUAUAUCAGCAAUUGUUAAUAGAGAGAUAGUCGUGCGUGACCGGAACCGCUUCCAUUGUUUCAAAGAUGGUUCUUGUUCCUGCAGGGAUUACUGGUAG